AUGUCUGGACAUUUAAAACAGGAGAAAUACACAGUCUGCAUCGCUGAACGCUUCUCCGGAAUGGAGGGAAUAGAAGCAUACAGCUACUGCUCGCUUUCAAGACAACACCGCGAACAAGCAAUACAAACGGUUCAACAGUGCUCACGAUGUCGAACACUGCAUCUCUGUAAAGGUGGUGCGUCGGAUACACGGCGGGAGUGGCCAGAGUUUUGUCGCGCCGGUUCCGUUGUUCCCCCUGGUGACGAUAUGCUUUCUCGGAAGCUUGUGCUUGCUCUACUUGGAACACUUGUUAUUUCGACAGUUUUCGUCUCAGCGGAUGAUGCUGUAGAUGUCACCUCUUCCCCUGAUGCCGUUGUCUCGUUCAUCUUCACACAGCCUGCAGAUGCUAACACUAUUAAAGAGUUAUAUGGUGGUAAAGUUGUCAAGUUUUUAAUCGGAUUUCAAAACCGGGGUGAAAAAGACUUCGUCGUCAAACACUCCGAAACAUCCUUCCGUUAUCCCAUGGACUUCAACUACUACCUCCAAAAUUUCACUCUUGGGCAGUAUAAUCGCCGUGUUUCUCCAAAGGAGGAGGUUACUCUCGAUUAUGCAUUUUUCGCCCACGAAAGUUUCGCAGGUCGUCCACUGGGACUGGUUGUCAACCUUCACUAUGAGGACUCUGAUGGUCAUUACAUCACCAAUGUUUUUAACGAGACCGUUACAAUCCUCGAGGAUGAUUCUGGAUUUAACACUGAAACUGGAUUCAUGUACCUCGUCUUCGCUGCUCUCAUUGUACUUUUACUUCUGGUUGGGCAACACUUUUUGAAUAAGUUCACCCGUAAAGCAGGGAUGCAGAAGAAGCGCCAGCCUGUUGUUGAACAAGAAUGA